GCGCUGCGGGGGCUGAGGCGGCCAUGGCGGAGCGGCGGAGCGCGGCGGGCGAGGGCCUGGCCCGGCUCUCCGAGUGGGCCGACGGGCACCUGGGCCUCCUGCGGAACCUCAGCGCCGGGCUGGCGGCGGCCGGGCUGCUGGUGCUGGCCAGGAGCGUCCGCCUGACAACGAAGUUCACAAAUGCUUUGGAUAUACCCGUGGAGUUUAUUGAAAAGAAUGUCAAAUUGCGGGGAAAAAUCCAUCACGUAACGGAGAAAGGUCUGCAAGUUGAACACAUUCCCAUUAGCAUUCCUAUCAUUACAUCAAUACAGAGGAAAUGGCAAUCAAAAGGUCUUUUGCUGGUAAGACUUGCUGGAGUGGAGCUGGCUCCAAGUGGCAUGGUCUGGUUACAGAAAGAGGUGAAACCCUCGCAAAUGGUAUGGUUCCAGCUUCUUGGAAGGGAGGACUUGGCACUCGAAUGCCGUGUUUUAGUAAAUAAGGGUCGCUUUCUCAGCGUGUGCUUAAAUGAGGAGGUCUUGAGACAAGGGCUCGGCAGAACAGCACGCAUCGAAGGACUACAUCAUCAUUCUCGCCUCUACUGGAAACUUCACAAAAGACUGCUUCGGGCGGAGUUAAAGGCCUUGAAGAAAAAUAAAGGUAUAUGGCAAGAAGAAAGCUUCUCUGAAAGAGUUAGAGACCGUAUAAGCAACAAUAAAUGCGUACAGACAUUGAAACAGUUUGUGAACUGGUUAAGAAGUUAUAUUUAAAGGCAGAACGGGAGACUUGUCUAGAGGGAGGCCACGUAUCUGUGUUACAUGCUUUAUGGAAAAUAUCAAUUUGUGAUAAAAAGUGCCGUAACUUGUGAGUUCCUUGUCUUGAACAGAAAAGCCGUAAAGUUACCCAGUGCCAUAUUAUAUAACCUAUGUGGGACUGAAGUUUAGUUGUAUUAUGCAGGACGAAAAUUGAAGCGUCCUUAAGCUAAAAUUUUCUCCAGCAGUGUCCCAAAUCAGUUGUGCCGUUUUCCACCUGCUAAAUACCUACAGAUGCGUUAACUGAAGUGAGAACAGUCGGCAGCUGCUUUUAAGAGGUGCAAAGUAUCCAUCCAAAGUGCACCACCUUAAUGCUUAGCUGUUGCAGGUCAUUACUAGGUAACUGGCGUUGGCUAGAAAACUCCAUUUCAGAGCUUGAGAAAGCUUGUAGCACGUGUUUACCUGCUUGUUUGAAUUCCUGUACUACAUUUGUGCAUAAUUUGUGUGUGAAAAAAUCGUUCAUCUUGAAUAACGGGUUGCAUUAUUACCAGAAUAAAAGGUAAUUUGUUGUGGUUGAUCUUAAAAAGCUGAUAGGGUCAUAACCACUAACAUAUAAAAAUAAAAAAUUAGUUGGUAUAUUAAAGAAUGGAAACUACUAUGCUAGUAAUGCCAAUUUGUAAAACACAAAAUUAACAUGAAAGAGUUUUGCAAGUUAUAUCAGAGGAAAAAACUAAUCUGUUUUCUUCUGAUGGUUCUAAAAGUAUCUAAAACCAGAUGAAGAUAAACUUAAAUAGGAAAUAUAAAAAAUGGACCACAGAGUGCUUUAUUUUUGAAAGAGGUGUUAUGUAGAUGUGAAGUAUAUUUUUUGUAAAUAUUCUCAGAAUAAAGAUUGAUUUCUUAAGUUCA